AUGGUUCUCGAUGUGCUCUGUCAGACACUUCGCCGUCUCCUCCCUUACUGCGUGAACAUCGAUAUCUGGGAAUUCUAUUGCAAAUACUUCGAAGACACUCUAAUGAAGGGCAAAAUCGGCAAGGAGUUCAGAGAAGCCUUCGAAGAAGUCGAGAAGGUGUACCAAUACGCCGUGGACACAGUGGGCUUCUUCAUCGAUAGCGAUUCUCUCUGGUGGGACUACCGCGAGUUCCUGAAGAAAUACCUGCGCGACACCUCCGACCGCUCGCAGCGCAACAACCCCAACGCUCGUCUUCGCCGCUUCUUCCAGAAAGCGGUGGUGAUCCCCUUCCACAAUUGCGACUCGAUCUGGAAGGAAUACACGCUCUUCGAGGAGCACAGCGUGGAAACGCACGACCCCGCGCAGAAGCGAUCGAUCGCGAGCAAGCAGCGCUCCGUGGUGGAGGACAAGCACAAGCUCGCGGAGGACGUGUACAAAGAGCGCUCCGAAGUGUGCCAGCUGAUCACGUGGAACCUGCUCCCCAUGCGCGUGCUGACCCCCGAAGCCAUCAAGCAGGUGGAUUACUGGAAUCGCUACAUCGAGUGGGCCCGGCGCUCUGUCCGUUCACUCGCAUUCGAGGCGUCGAACCCCAUGCAUCUCUCGCCGGAGCGGCUCUACCACUUCAUGCACAUGUCCUACCUCCGCUGGCUGUCCUGCUGCUAUUUCUGCCCCGACGUCUGGAUCUCCUUCGCCAAGUUCGAGGCCCAGUUCAGCUGGGAGCGCGCCAAGGCGGUGCUCGACAAGGCCGUCGCCGCGAUUCCGCACUCGCUUCUGCUCCGCACGGCGUACUGCGACUUUUUGGAGGAGCACCAUCACAUCGACGACGCGCGAAGCCUCUACGAGAAGACGCUCCGCGAGUUCCAGGAGCCCGUUUUGUGGAUCUUGUUCAUGCAGUUCGAGCGUCGACAGCGCGGAGCGGACGCAGCGCGAAGCGUUUUCUUGAAGGGGCGCUCGGCGCUCUGCCAUCCUUCGCUUUAUCUCGCGGCGGCCGAUCUGGAGCGCAACGCCAACCGCGAUCCGAAGCAGGGACUCGCCAUUCUGCGAGCCGGAAUGACGCAUUUCCAGCGGGACGUGCAGUACAUCGUCGGCUUUGCCGAGUAUCUUCAGAAAAUCGGAGAUGCCUCCAAUGCCUUCGCCUUGCUCCAGCAGUCGCUCGAGCGCGUGGAUGAGGCCGGGAAAGCCGUUCUCUGGGACAAGAUCAUUCUGUUGCAGGCGCAGUUCGCGCUCGAUAGCGAUAUUAACCGAGUGCUCGAUCUGGAGAAGCAGUUUCGUCUGCAGGUUCCGUCGAAGACAAAUGCUGGAAUCCUGCUGGAUGUCGGGAGAUAUAUGCUGUGGGGCGGAGAACUUGUGUCUUUGGAGGAUCGCGAAUUGCUGAAGCGACGAUUCCCGGAUGAACCGAAGCAGGAGGAGCAGCCGUUUAAGCUGUUCGAGAUGGACCAGAGUUUGUUGAGUUCGGGGGAGAGAAGAAGUGGAGCUGGGUAUGACUCGCAUGUUCCCUUGUGGAUUAUCAAGUUUGUGAGCAAGUUGCCUCCUGAUGGAAUGAAGUCUGCGCGUGGAGAUACGGUGGACAAUGUGAUGGGAAGACUUUUGGGUUGGAACAUUCCAAAAGUGGAAGAUAUCUUGAUAUGA